UUUUCAAAAGCUGCAGAACCUAUUGACGGUCUCCAGGAACAUUAUUAUGACCUAUGUAUGGAAAAGUCCCAGGAAAUUAAACCUUUUAUAUUGCAUAUACUCCAAGAAGUGGAUGAAGAAAUUGGAAAGGGCAGAUUGGAAGGAAUCACCUUAAACGUUGCUGGUAACAGUCGCUUAAUGGCAAUAGAAAGAGUAACAGGUGAAGAUUUUGGGAUUCUUUGUAGACUUUUAAAGAAUAAUCCAUAUAUUAAUGGUUUGGAUGUUAGGUAUAACCUCCUAAGUGAUAUUGGCGCAUGCUAUGCUGCAAAACUGCUUCAGAAACAACAUAAUCUCACUUACUUAAACCUUAUGUUUAAUGACAUUGGUCCUGAAGGUGGAGAAGUGAUUGCUAAAGCACUACAUAAGGAUACAACUCUGAAACACCUAAGAAUGACUGGAAACAAGAUUGAAAAUAAAGGUGGAAUGUAUUUUGCUGCAAUGCUACAAAUUAAUUCAUCCUUGGAGAAAUUAGAUCUGGGUGACUGUGAUCUAGGAAUGCAAAGUGUGAUAGCAUUUGCUACAGUCCUAACUCAAAACCACACAAUUAAGGGAUUAAACCUAAACCGACCUAUAUUGUAUGGUGAACAGGAAGAGUCCACAGUUCAUCUAGGCCACAUGUUGAAAGAAAAUCAGUGGCUUGUUGAACUACACAUGUGUAAGCAUGAUAUAAAAAACGGUGGUAUGAAACAGUUAUGUGAUGCACUGUAUCUGAACAGAAGCUUACGCUACCUUGAUGUCAGCUGCAAUAAAAUAACUCAGGAUGGAAUGGUGUGUUUGGCCGAUGUACUGAGAAGCAAUACUACCCUAGAAGUAAUAGAUCUUUCUUUUAACAGAAUGGAAAAUGCAGGUGCAAAGUAUCUCAGUGACACUCUUGCUUCACACAACAGGACUCUUAAAGCGUUGUCAGUGGUAAGCAACAACAUAGAGGGAGAAGGACUUGUUGCACUUUCCCAAUCAAUGAAAACAAAUCCCACACUCUCUAAUAUCUACAUCUGGGGAAACAAAUUUGAUGAAGCUACAUGUGUGGCAUAUUCAGAUUUAAUUCACAUGGGUCGUCUAAAACCAGACAAUACGGAUGUGGAGCCAUUUGUGGUGGAUGGACGUGUGUACCUUGCAGAAGUCUCCAAUGGCCUUAAAAGGCAUUAUUACUGGAUACCAGGUUAUGGAGCAGCUUGCAGCCAAUCAUCUAAUGCAGGUUUUACUCUUGUACCAGUAGGUCAACAUCUGUGAAAAAUAAGCUCUAAAAUAAUUUUCAAAUAUUUGUCUUAUUACUUUCACAGAGAUAAUGUUUUAUUGCCUAUUAAGAUUUUCUUUCAUAAAUUAGAACGUUACUUUCAUCAGAUGGGUAAAAGAGAUAUUAAACUUUGAA